AUGUCGAGGAGGCAAGUGCCGCCGCUGGAACCACCAUCUCCGUCGACCGUUCUGCUCUCUUCAUCCCUCUCGACCACUCUCAUGAAUCUUCACCGGAAUCGGAGCUCGUUAAGCACCUCAAGAGCAUUAUCAAGAACGAAGAGCAACAAAAUUCUCUUGGCAAUCAUCAUUUGUAGACCUUUGCCGGUGGUUUCCUUACGACGGAUGACCUUCCGGAGAGAUCGCGUCUGUGUUAGAGCCACGACGGCUGUUUCCGGCGGAGGAAUAGUGGAAGCGGUGGAAUUGGAUGAGAUAGAUAGAGUAGCAUUUAGCUCUGCAAUCUCGUUUCUGCUUGUGUUGCUCUUCGUUGUGAUAUGCUUUGUGCUAGCGAUUAUCGCACUCUUGCAAGGGAAAACAAAGAAUCCAAGAUUCUUUCGAGAGCUCAACAAUGGAGGAGAAUCCGAACUAAUUUCUAUCGACCCGCGGGCUGACCCGCAUAACCGCCAAUACCAAGCGGUGCGGGUUAGGGUCGAGUAUCUUGGAACCGCAGCCCGCGGCGGGUCGACCCGCGUGAUCCGCCGGAGAAGUGAAACCGCGGCGGUUCGGCCCGUUUCCGCGCGGUCCGGCCUGUUUGACAUCUCUAGUCUUGACUAA